UUUACAGAUUUUAGUGUCGCUUGUGGCAAGGAACUGGUAUCCGGGAUCGAACACGUCGUUCGAAGAGCCUUACCAGCUUCGACUGGCGUGCCGACCGUGGUAUGGAUAGACAAUGGCGACACCGAUGGAUCCGUCGCAUGCGAGGCCGAGUCCGGAAGCGAAGUCAUCUACCUAGCCAAAGCUUCCUGUGUCACUUGGACGACCACUCUGUUGGCUUACGUACACGCGUUGUCGCACGUUUUGUGUAGAAUGAUAUGUAACUUUCUUUGCGCAGAGGACGAUUCUGGUCAGCAGGAGAAGGACCCACGCCAUGGUGUGGAUUGGAGACGAGCCGUGGACUGGAUCGAAGCCCAUCUUGUCGGUAAUGCAAAAUAUCUAGGUGGGGAACACGGUGCCUGUAUUCGCGCAUCGAUUAUGGAACUGAAAAAAAUGCCAACUCGUAUCGAGACGAUGUUGUCUGCACCCGCAUUUUUGAUGGAGGCUCAAGCCAAAUGUAAUCGCUACGAUCUGUUCCUCGUUCACACCGCGCAAAUUACCACCAUGGACAGACGCCAAGCGGUCAAUCGAGGCGAUGUGAGGUGGAGAUACCAGGAUGAGUUUGAGGCGGUCGACACCUCCAUGAAACCGAACGGCACCGUAGAGAAAGGAUCGCUCGUGGAGUUGGCACUAGAGCUGAAACGCGAUCACGAUCCUGACUGCAAAUGUAAUAGUCAUUACACGUAUUCUUUAUUGGAGGUCAAGUGUCUAGUCGAACGCCUUGUGAGAGAAAUCUUGCCGCUCAAACUGCCGGUAGUGCUCGAGGAUCCACCCAGGGUGAGAUGCAUCGUGUCAUCCAAGCCUACCAAGAGUUACGUGGACAAGAGAGACGUCUUCUGCGUGAACGUAAACCGUAUCGAGACUUUUGCAGAGGCCGUGCGUGUAGUGAUUCGUGAGUGGGCACGACGGUUUGUCGUCUCGAGGUUUGACGUACGUGCCGACGUAAUGUCCUCUGGUUGCUAUCGAAGGGCCGUUGCUGGUUUCGCUUCUCUGCUCAUCGAUUCAUUUCCCUGUGAUGGGCUAUUGAAUAAGUGGUUCGCCAGUGAGGAGUGCUUGCGCUUGGCGCUCGUACCAGCACCUCUUUGGAUCGACGGGAUGGUGCCAUUGAUGCGACUGAGUCGAGAGGGAGCAGCGAAAGUCUUGAUACAUCGGACAUUCGAUGAGGUAGUGGCGCAUGAUCUAGAUAAGUCUCGACAUGACAUUUUGUCUGCCAGAGAGGCUGCCAUGCAUUCCGACAUAGAGGAAACGAUGGACAUGGACGAAAUAACAGAUUACAUGUUGGCUAGAGCCACCAAGACCACCGAAUCCAUCGUGUCGAUGAUGCACACGUUUCGUUUAGAGAGCAAAUGUCUGGGCUUUGCCAUCGACUUUUUAGUAUCCGGAAAUGACACGGUGGCAAAAAUCAAACACGAUGCAAUCCUAAAGAUGACCCGCACGUGUAAAGCCUUUUACAACCCUUCUCUGUACGACGUCACUUUCGAUGGAAAUUACUUGUACGAUUCCGAGGUUGCUGCUGAUAUUAUCAAGACGUGUCGCACGAUCAAAGUGGAGCCAAUUUUAUUGAACAAGAAAGUGAUGAAAGGGUGGUCUUCCGCGGCUUACGAACCUGUGUUCGUUACGAGUAUGACAAGCGCCCGAGAACUGUUGGAAAAACUGAAUGUUCCAACGCCAGAAUCGGCCUGCCUCGUUGUUAAUCGAACGCACAAGGUCUCCGGAGAUCAGCCCUUCGAUGUCACGGGAGAAUUACGAGUGUUUUCGGCAGGCUAUGCUUUGAUUGUGGCCAUUCUCGAAGUCGAUAACUUAGUCAUCCGUGACAACAUUUUCGUGGACGAACAAGACCUCCACAAACCGUUGGAAGAGCACCUAAGUCGUUGGCGACUAACGUAUGGGAUAGCAGGCGAGGUGGACUGCGAGGGGACUGUACUGAACGCUACCGAUAGUCUAGAGGAGAGGUUCAAUCAAAACCUGUCCCUCCUCGACGACGAUGGCCCAUUGCGCAUCACCAACCGAGAAAGGAUGACUAAGAAUGACGUUACACUGCACAGGAUAGGGGUGAAGGAUUCCAAGGGAAAGCGAUUGGGGACCAUAAAAAUCAGAGGAUACCAAGCCAUUGGAGGGGGGAUCAAAGCAUUUUGCAAUUUUGUUAAGGUGUCACCGCACACUGUGCAAAUGAUGACGACUGAUGGGCGUACCGUCUCCAACAAUUCUCGAAUCUAUGAACUCUUUCUUGAUAACGAACCCUUGGAACUAGUUUUUACCCGUAGGGAACCACCGACACGAGAAAGCCGAAAACGACUGCGACCUACCAAAGUCGACCAUCAUGGAUCGACGAGAACACAUCGCGAAGGAAAAUUUGCUCACCCGAGACCAAGCGACGACGUCUUCUUCGUGUCUUCAGACUCUGAAGAGGAAGAAGAUGACGCCUAA